CUGUGAAUUGCGAAAAGUUCAGAUUUCGAGUGCAAGAAACAAAUGAAAAUAAUAAUUUCUUUGUUUUUCGACGGAGUACUGCUAACUUCCAUUGCAACAUGAGCUUUCACUCUGUUUAUUGAGAAUGCAGCAUAAAUUGUGGCAAUAGAAACAGGAAGUUUUCUGUGGUGCAAGUGCGAAAAUGAAAGUUCUAACAAAAACAAAAGUGCUGCAGAAACAACAAAAACAUAAUAUGAUUUAAGCAAGAAAACGAAGUACGUUGUGGUGUUUUGUAAUUGAAAACACUUCAUCACAAUUAAUCCGCAAAGCGAAUUUCUAAGCGAAACUUUUUCAUCGCCUGUUGUUGUUUAUGAUAUCAGCAGCUGAGAUAAUAGCAACUUCACUUGAUCAACAGCCGGCAAGGAAGGAAGCAAACAUAUACUCAAAUAUAAACAAAAACAUAGCAACAGCAACAAAAGCGCUAAGGAAAUUUAUUUAUUUCAUACCGAAUGGGUGGCGGUGUUGUAUUUCUAAUUGUCGUGCCGACAGCGAAUUUCGAACGAGAGCUCAUUUAUGGUUUUUCGCCAGCUGGCAACAAUGAACUGCCACCGCCGGCACCGCCGCCACAUCGCGCACCAUUACCUCCAACGACCACCGUCACCUCGGCAGCAGCUGGUAAUAAUAAUCUGAACAUCAAUCUUCCGGAGAACAACAACGGCAUACUGCGUCUCGAAGUUGAGCUACGUGAUAAGCAUGCACCGCGGUACAAGCGCGGCAUGGGACGUGGUGUGGGUGGCGUGGGAGCAGGGCGUGGGCAGAUGGGUGGCGGCGGUGCGGGUGGUCUGGGGGUAGGUGGAAAGCGUGCAUCGCCGAGGGUAGCGGAUGAUAAGAGUGCAAUGGUGCCGCUGGAAAAGGUGCUUGAGGAGCUGCUCACCAAACUGGAAAUUGAGCAUGUCACUUGGACGACGAGUCGCAAGGGCUAUUUCCAUCAUGUUGUCUUCCCACUGCCGUCCGGUGAGCCAUGCGAGACGACGCUGCACUGUCUAACUCAGCUGGGCAUCGGUACGAAAUUAAAUUCCAGCGUAAGCAUCAUACCGUGCAGUGUCACUUACGAUGCGCUCACCGAUGCUGUCAACAAGGAUGACUACAGUGAGGAUCCCACCGCCGAGGAACUAUCUAAAUGGAAUGCCUUUGUCGAAUCAAUUAAAUCGAAACUAACCGUGAAACAAGUGGUCGACGGCGUGCGUUCUGGUGGCUCCUUGUCGUUCGAUUAUCUGCUCUUGAUUGUGACCGCUGACUCUCUGGCGGCCUUGGGUUUGAUUGAGAAUAGCGCAACAAAUAUUGUCGCUGCCAUGUUGGUUUCGCCACUCAUGGGACCGGUAAUGGCGAUUACUUUUGGUACAAUCAUUUCGGAUCGACAAUUAGUUCGCACUGGUUUUAUAACUGUCGUUACUGGCAUGUUUAUAUCGAUACUUUUCGGCUUCAUAUUUGGCUUGCUUUUGGGUACAACGGAAAUGCCUUGGGGUUCGGGUGAUUGGCCAACUGAAGAAAUGAGCAGCCGAGGCAACUCUCGCUCCUUGUGGAUGAGUAUUUUCUGGGCGCUGACGUCUGGCACAGGUGUGGCUGUGGCUUUGCUGCAAGGCGCCGCGGGACCGCUUAUUGGCGUUGCGAUUUCCGCGUCACUGCUGCCGCCUAUGGUGAAUUGCGGUCUCUUCUGGGCUUUGGCUUGUAUUUGGCUUAUUUAUCCUGGGAUACGCAUACCACACUUGAAAGACGAACCUUUGGAUGGCAAUACCUCUUACCCAUUUCUCUACACAAAUUAUUUGCCAACGGAAUUUUUCAUCAAUGGCAUUAUAUCUUCGUUGCUGACGGUCAUCAAUAUUAUUUGCAUUUUCAUAACGGCAAUAAUUGUUUUGAAAAUCAAGGAAGUUUCGGCGCCAUACACGGCGAGUCCGGAUUUGAAGCGUUUCUGGGAGACCGAUUUGCGCACGGUGCGAAAAACGAAUCGUUCGACAAUACGCCGCGGCAAGGGUGGCUAUGGUGGCGGCGGUGACGCUGGUGGUGCCUUUGGCGAGUUGGGAUUACCCGGCUACAAGGGUCUGGAUGAGCCACGCAGUCGUGAAUUGGACACCGUGCUGGAGCAGGCAUUGAAGGAGGCCGAGGACGAUGCCACGUUCAAGAAGGUCAAGCGCAUGAGUUACUCCAGCAACGCGGCGGGCGGUGAGCUGCCACAACGCUUAGCACGCAUGGCUGGACUCAAUCUGCGCGAACCAACAGGCGGCGACUACAGCAACUCGCCAUUCGGCAGUCGCACCGGCAGUCGCAUGAAUUCCGUACGCAACUCCAAAGUGCAAGUCGACCUGAAGGCACUCGACAAGCUCGUAUCUAAUCUGCUGGAACAGCACACAGCGGCUGUCAAGAACGGCACGGCCGCCAACGCACGCGGCACUUCACCACAUCAGCGCAAAACCUCGGUGAAAUUAAAUCGUUGGCGUCCCACAUCACGUUCAGCGCAUUCUUUCAGAGCAGCCGAAGGUGGUGCGCCCGGCAGUGGUGGAAACUUUGGCACGGAGCUGACCAGCGCGCUGGGCCUGGCGGGCAUGGGUGGCAGCUUGGGUGCCAAUACCAUGCCCACAAUUAUGGAGUCGGGCAUGAAUGGUGCGUCAACGCAACGCAGUGAUGUCAGCAAUAGCGUUGGUGGUGGCGGUGGCGGUAACGGUGGUGGUGGUGGCGGUAAUAGUUGGUCGUCUUCGCUGGAGCGAAAUGCACGUGCUGCACGAAAUGUGCUCAACACCAUAGCGAAUGCGCCACAGCGGCUCAGUCAGUCCGUAAAUGAUGAAGAGACAUUAAAUUUAACUAAGAACUAUGUGCCGUAAGGAGGAAGCAGAUGGCAACAAGUAACGACCAAAGUGGUAUAUAGAUAUUUCAGUAACAAUUUGUGCAAUAAUCUAGAACUUUCUGAUUGUUGUUGUUAUUUAUGAGUAGCUUGUUAAAAAUUGCA